AUGUUAGUGUUUCCGCAAUGGAGGCCUGAAAUACAGGACGGGUGUAGAACACAACGAUGGAUGCCCGCCGAGAUGUUCGCGCCGUACUUUGCAAGGCCAGUGUUAACGCCUCCACCUCUUCCACCGCAGUUGGAGGAUGAAGACUCAUUGGGUGGGUCAUCACCUGAGCGAAAUGUAAACGAGACUGUUGAAAUAGGGGAAGGUGUAUGCGGCUGGCGCGGGUGUGGGGUGCGUUUUCCGAAUGUUGCCCGUUUGUCUGCACACAUCGCCCGCGGGCAUGCACACGCGCAUAGAGACGGUCUAUUCUACUGUGGCUGGAAGGGUUGUUCCAGGCCUCAAAGAGGAUUCAACGCUAGAUACAAGAUGUUAGUACAUGUACGUACUCACACAAACGAGCGCCCGCACACAUGCAACCAGUGUAACAAGUGCUUCUCCAGAGCUGAAAACUUGAAAAUUCAUCUUAGAUCGCACUCCGGCGAAAAACCUUACGUUUGUCCAUAUGAGGGUUGUGGUAAAGCCUAUUCAAACUCAAGCGACCGUUUCAAGCACACGCGAACACAUACCGUAGACAAACCCUAUUGUUGUAAGAUACCAGGCUGCAACAAACGGUAUACAGAUCCCUCAAGUUUGAGAAAACACGUCAAAACGUACAAACACUUCGCUCCUGAAGAAACUACAAAACGAGAGUCGUCAGAUGAGAGUCAAGAACGAGAAAGCUUAUCACCACCAAGAGAAACCAGUUAUGCCAUAGAGUCUGUUUCACCGAUACAUGGAUGUUUUACUUACCCAAGUCAGAAUGCAACUUCACCAAAAGUAUUGCACAAUCGACUGCCAUUUUCAGAGCCUCAUAUAUCGGCAGUUGGUUACGUUCCACAAGUAACGUAUGUGAGACCUUUGGAACCCAUUUAUCCUAUCAGAGUACCGACGCAUGAAAUGUCAUAUUUAGAAUACACACAGAUGUAUGACCACGCUUACAAAAGUUAUUAUUCAAAUGGCAUCAGUUAUCCUGUACUACGAACGAGUGUUAGCGAGAAAUCUUAUAUAUAUAACGACCGAAGCCUAAUUAAGCCUAUUAAGCCCACAGAAGUCACCAACGACUACAGAAACAUUGAGGACGCGCCUUUAAAUUUGAUUUGCUCUAAGCGAAUUGAAUGCAAACCCAUCGACGAUCUAGUCAGAUUCACGGAUUUGCCCUUAGAUUUAAGUACAAAAAGUUGA